CCGACCUUGCUCUGGACUUCGUGAUCACAUCGUCAUUGGGUACGAGGAUCUGAUGGCAAUUGAUUCGCUACUUGGCCCCGUGGUUUUCAACUUCCCACCACACACUGCACACUGAUGUCUGAUCCUGACCGAACAAUAUGGUGUGGCAAUGUCUCUGGUGAGGUGACAGAUGAAGUUCUGUAUGAAUUAUUCUUACAGGCGGGACCACUGGAAAGGGUGCGCCGGCCGCGGGACCAGAGGACGGGCGAUCCGCGCCCCUUCGCCUUCGUCACCUACGAGGACGAGGAGUCGGUGCCAUACGCGCUCGAGCUGUACCGCGACACCAAGCUGUUCGGUCGAGUGCUCCGACUGCAGGCGCAAGGCGGCCAGCAGCAUGACAAGCAGCAGCUGGCGUCGAACGGUCGCCCCGUCCGGCGCUUGAUCGAGUCCGGCGGAGGAGCCCGGGCAGAACGCGCCGACCAUAGGCACAGCGACCGGACAGCGGGUCGCUUUAGUGAACGCGGGUCGGAGAGACACAGCGUCCGCCGUCCCGACCGCCACACUGACCGCGGUACGGAGCGGGCGAGUGAUCGCGGUGCGGUGUGGUCUAAUGAUCGUGGUACGGACAAGUACAAUGAUCACGGAGCACAGAGGUACGAUGACCACGGAGCGGACAGGUACAAUGAUCGUGGCGUGGAGAGGUACGGCGGUCGCUUUGCGGAGAGGUACAACGAGCGCGCGGGAGACUGGCACGAUGACGGCGCUCCGGAGCUCUCCAGCGGCCGCGGCGCCGGGCGGUACUGUGAGCCUACUGAUGACUGGCCCGGUGACCGCCGGAGCGUGCGGCGCGGCGAGCGCGGCGAAGAGGGCUACAGCGGCCGUGACACCGGGCGGCGCGGUGCGUGGGGUGACGACGGAUGCGGCGAGCGCGGCGCUGAGCGAUACGGGGGGCGACAGCAGCCGCAGGGUGACCUCGAAAAGGCGUUCUACAAUAGCCGGUCGCACGCGGGCGGCGGCUCCUCACCCUGGCAACAGGGCCACGUCCCCCCGGACCGGCGCCUGGAGCCCAAGACACCGCAGAUCGAGUACCGCACGGCGCUGAUCGCCUCGGGCAAAAACCUGACCGUGCGCGUGGGCGAGGAGGUGGAUGUUCAGUGCCGCGCGCGCUACGGCAACCCGCCGCCAUCAUCAAUGGAGCCCAAGACACCGCAGAUCGAGUACCGCACGGCGCUGAUCGCCUCGGGCAAAAACCUGACCGUGCGCGUGGGCGAGGAGGUGGAUGUUCAGUGCCGCGCGCGCUACGGCAACCCGCCGGCCAUCAUCAAGUGGUUCAUCGGAGAGACGGACCUAACCCACCUGUCGACGCAGCAGAACCAGACCGAGCUAGACAACACCAAGACAUCGGCGGCGCUGUCCGUGCUGCGGCACACCUUCGGCCGUCAGAUGGCCGGCGCUUACCUGCGCUGCGUGGCCGUGCACGAGGCGUACGACACCAAGUCGCGCGACACCAUCGCCAAGCUCGACGUCCAAUACCCCCCGGAGGUGAAGCUGCUCGGCCGGCCUGAGCGCGACGUCGAGGAGAGCGUCGACACGGUCGUGCUGCGCUGCAAGGUCGACGCCAACCCUCCGGCCAACGUCUUCUGGCGUUUCAUCUCUAAGGAGACGGGCCGCACCGACACCUUCUAUGUGGACACGCUGGAGCUGCGGCCGGUCACCAAGAAGAACUCGGGCACCUACGAGUGCGAAGCGGGCAACUCGGUGGGCAAAAGCGACCCGCUUAGCACCACGCUCGACGUUAAAUACGCUCCGUCUAUCUACCGCGUGCAGCCGCAGCACCACGUGACGGUCGGCCUGUACAACACGACCGAGCUGGCGUGCGAGGCCGAGGGCAGUCCGCCGCCCAGCUACCAGUGGCUGCAGCGGCUGCCAGACGCCGACGGCACCGUGUUCAUCCGCGGCACCAGCCAGCUGCUGCGCAUCCACAACAUCACCUACGCCAACCAGGGCCAGUACGUGUGCGUCGCCAAGAACGUCAUCAACGGCAACGAGCGGCGCGUCCAGGGCGACACGGUCGAGGUCGAGGUCAUCGGUCCGCCUCAGGUGCUGCGGCGCCAGCAGCCGGCCAAGGUGAUGGCUGAGCAGGGUGGCGAGGCGGUGCUGGAGGUGGCGCUCUGUAGCGACCCACUGCCCACACUGGCCAACUGGCACUGGGGCAGCCUGCAGCUGCAGGCUGGCCAGAGCAAGGGACGUUUCGUCGCAGAGGAGAUCACUCAGGAUACGACAGAAGACUGCUACCGGGCGCGGCUGCGGGUGCUGCAGGUGACGGCCGCCGAUGAGCGCGACUAUUACCUCAAGGUGCAGAACGACCGCGGCUCUGACCAGUACGGCCUGGCGCUGCGGGUCAAAGAGCCGGUCACCAUGACGGCCGUCAUCAGUCUGGUGUGCGGCUGCUUGGUGCUCCUCGUGCUCGUUGUAGCGCUGCUCCUGUACGCCUUUAAAAAGGAGAAAUGGUGCUUCUCACAAAAGGGAGGUUUCAAGCCAACUGAUCUGGAAAGCGAAAAGAGUGAGGUAGAGAGCCGGACGGAGGGCGCCGCCCGCCAGGGCCUGGGCGCUAUCCCACCGGACGCGCUGUACUCGGGACCGAAGAAGCCGGGCGGUCAUGGCCAGCACGGUGGUCACGGUCUGCGAGAGGCAGCCAAGCACCGUGGUGAAGACGGAGACAGUGGGAAAAGUGAUAGCUCGCGAGGAGGCAUCAUCUACGCCGACCUCCAGCUGCCAAAAACCUCCAACAACGGUUCAAUGAGGAAGUACCGCAACGAACGACACCUACUGCCCAGCGAGCAGAGACAUCUAGCGGGCGCAAGCAGGAACGAGCCGGCGCGGACCGAGUACGCCGAGAUAAAAUUCGUUCCAAAAAUUGACGAGCGAGCGGACAUUUAGCGUGGUGACUUUCAGAGCGCCGAGAACUUGUGCGAGGCCGGCUGUGUGUGAUGGCAGACAUUUUUUAAGUCUCGGUCGCGAGCUGGAGGAAGCGAGCGAAAGGGCUACGUCCACGCAGCGAUAGCGAUGGCUUGCCUCAGACAUUCAGUGGAGCUCCAGCCGCUGCAGCCCGCUUAGACACGAGCUGAGCAGGGCUCGACUGUGGCAUGCCCGACCGCUAAGGACAAUCAUCUGCUUAUCGCGCCGCAAGCGCCGCGUCUGUAAAUCCCGUAGCUUGUGUGCAUCGCGCGCGGAUCUGCUGUUGCCCCGCCGACCACUAAUCGGUGUAAGGUAUACCAUGUACAAAGCAAUAAGUCAGCGUGAGCUUUCGGCGACAGCAUCGCCCGGGCUGGGAGACCACUCUCAGUUGGUCUGUGGGCGCUGCGACCGCGCGGCCUCUGGCGUCCUCCCGCUGUGCUCCCUGCUGGCUGAUCGCCGGACUCGCCCUGUACGCCAGCGCCCCUCUGGCGUCUGCCCGCCGUGCUCCCUGCUGGCUGAUCGCCGGACUCGCCCUGUACGCCAGCUCCCCCGUGGCGUCUGCCCGCUGUGCUCCCUGCUGGCUGAUCGCCGGACUCGCCCUGUACGCCAGCGCCCCUCUGGCGUCUGCCCGCUGUGCUCCCUGCUGGCUGAUCGCCGGACUCGCCCUGUACGCCAGCGCCCCUCUGGCGUCUGCCCGCUGUGCUCCCUGCUGGCUGAUCGCCGGACUCGCCCUGUACGCCAGCGCCCCUCUGGCGUCUGCCCGCUGUGCUCCCUGCUGGCUGAUCGCCGGACUCGCCCUGUACGCCAGCGCCCCUCUGGCGUCUGCCCGCUGUGCUCCCUGCUGGCUGAUCGCCGGACUCGCCCUGUACGCCAGCGCCCCUCUGGCGUCUGCCCGCCGUGCUCCCUGCUGGCUGAUCGCCGGACUCGCCCUGUACGCCAGCUCUCCCCUGGCGUCUGCCCGCUGUGCUCCCUGCUGGUUGACCGCAGGCCUCGCCCUGUACGCCGGUGGGCACACCUCGUCCAGGGCUGGGCAUGUUCCAAUGCUACUCGUCCCUGGCGGACUUCAUGUCCUGAGGCGGCGCUCAGGUGCAGCUCAGGCUACAGUCCGCCAGGCUUUGAUGUCACAUGCUCUGAGCAGCUGGCGCCGUGUAACUGCCUAUCGAUGAGUUUUCAGCAGCGUAUGACACUGUUUGCACCAAAUCUAGUCUUGCGCAGUAUGCGUGAACAAUGUGAGUGAAUAUUGGUCGCGCAUGGUUUUGUCAGUGUCAUAUGGUUUUAGAGCUGGCUGAAUAUAUUUCGUCAGACAGCAAACCCA